AUGAUUCAGGCAGCAAAAUUAGCAGAAGAGGCUAAACUAGCAAAGUUCUUGAAGGAGAAGGCUCAGGCGGAGGAGAGGUCAAAAAGAGCGGAGUCCCAAUCACCUCAAGUUGGUCAACCAUCUCAAAGUGGACAACCUCCUCUAGUUGGACAACCUCCUCCCCAAGGCGACAACUCGUCACAACCAGUUCCGAGAUUCACCAUCACCACGGGCACUCUAGCUUUGAAUGAGGAAAACUACUUGAAGUCUUCAAAGUCGACUGAAAAAGGUGACAAGGAGGACUCCAGUUCCAACUCCGAGGGAUCAGAUGGUGAUAAAGUCCAAGAAGGGAAAGGGGAGAAAGAGGUCGGUCGCAGUAUUGUCCUCAGUGGAUGGAAGAGGUGUUUUAGGUGGAGAGGACCUAUUGACAUUGAUCAAGAAAAAUUUUGCUUAUCACCCAAGCUCCAGUUAUUCUGUUGUAGCAUGGUGAAGGUAGCGGAUUUGCACCUAUUUUAUCAGUGGGACCAGCUCCGGGAUAACCCUGUUGUAGCUUAG